AUUUAAAGAUGAGAUUUUUUUUCUUUUAAUUUUUUUGUAGAGAGAAGGAAAAGGUAAUGGGGAGUGAUGGUUAUCUUCCUCUCUUCGAAACCAGAGUGGCCAAAGGGCGUUUACUCUACUGGCUCUAUGCAGUUUCCAUGGUGGUAGGCCUAAUCUCCAUAUCUGUUUACAGAUGGACACAUUUUCCUUCAGAAACAGGGCUAAGAAGAUGGGGCUGGAUAGGUAUUUCCAUGGCGGAGCUCUGGUUCAUCUUCUACUGGCUGAUUACUCAGACACUUCGACAUCGGCCGGUCUAUCGCUACGCCUUCAAGGACCGGCUGUCGGAAAGGUACGAGGAAGUGCUGCCGGGAGUGGACAUGUUCGUGUGCACGGCGGAUGCGGAGAAGGAGCCGCCGGCGAUGGUGAUGAACACUGUUCUAUCGAUGAUGGCUUACGACUAUCCGCCGGAGAAGCUCCAUGUCUAUCUUUCCGAUGAUGGAGGAUCUGAGGUGAUGUUUUAUGCUCUUCUAGAAGCCUCGCGCUUCGCCGGGCGGUGGCUGCCGUUUCGCCGGAGGUUUCGGAUUGAGCCGCCGGCGCCGACUGCCUACUUUAGCUCAUCUGUAGAAGCACCUAUUGGUUUUUCGAAAGAAUGGCGCGAAAUUAAAAAAUUAUACGAAGAAAUGAAGGAUAGAAUCGACGAGUGUACAAAGGUCGGACGAGUACCUGAUGAGGCGCGUCGAAUGCACCGGGCAUUCGAGGAAUGGGACAUCAGCAUCAGCAGUCGAGACCAUCGAACAAUUCUCGAGUUUUUCGACGCGCAGAUUGUGAUCGACGGAAGAGAUGCAAACACGGUGGAUUUCGAGGGGAUGUCUAUGCCGACGCUCGUAUAUUUGGCGCGCGAGAAACGACCAGGACAUCAGCAUAACUUCAAAGCAGGGGCAAUGAACGCAUUGAUUCGGGUGUCGGAAAGGAUAAGCAACAGCCCGAUCAUCCUCAACGUCGACUGCGAUCAGUACUCGAACAACUCCGAAUCGAUAAGGAAUGCGCUGUGCUUUUUCAUGGAUGAAGAACAGAGCCGCAGCAUUGCCUAUGUACAAUUUCCGCAAUACUGCGACAAUGUGACGAAGAACGAUCUAUACGGGAGCGACAUAAAAGUAAUCAACGAGGUGGAGCAUCAAACUGCCGAUGCAAAUGGAGGGCCUCUGUACAUCGGAAGCGGCUGCUUUCACCGGAGAGACGUUCUAUGUGGAAAAAAGUUCGACGCCAACGAACCAAGCGUCGAUUGGAAAGAAUUGAGCGCGCGAAAAGUUGAAGAAAGCGCGGAAAUAUUAGUACAAACUUGCAAAAUCCUCGCAAGUUGUACGUAUGAAGAGAAUACUUCUUGGGGAAACAAGAUGGGGCUCAAGUACGGAUGUUCGGUCGAAGAUGUCAUAACAGGGCUGUCGAUACAAUGUAGGGGAUGGAGAUCGGUUUCUUACAACACCGAGCGGCGAGCCUUUUACGGCGUGGCGCCGACAACUCUAAUGGAAACAUUAAUACAACACACGCGAUGGUCGAAUGGAAACUUCCAAAUAUUCUUGUCUAAAUACAACAGUUUAGUAUACGGCCAUGGAAAGAUGCCUCUAAAGCUUCGACUUUCUUACUGCUGCUACAAUCUUUGGGCUGCAAAUUGUCUCGCCACACUCUACUAUGUCCUGGCGCCGCCAUUUUAUCUACUAAAUGGCGGCGCCUUAUUUCCACAGUUAUCGAGCAGGUGGGUAUUGGCGUACAUGUACGUAUUUAUGGCGAAAUACGCGUAUAGUUUGGGAGAAUUUGUUUGGGUGGGAGGUACGAUGAAGGGGUGGUGUAAUGAGCAGAGGAUAUGGCUGUACAAGAGAGUGACGUCAUACUUGUACGGAUUCCAUGGAGCAGUGAUGAAGGUGUUGGGGUUUUCUGAGGUGAGUUUUGUGAUCACUGCGAAGAGGUUUGAUGACGACGAGGGGGAGAGGUACAGGAAGGAGAUGAUGGAGUUUGGGGUGGAUUCAACGAUGUUUGUUGUUCUGGCAGCCAUUGCUUUGUUCAAUCUCUUGGCUUUGGUUUCUGUUGUUUGUAAGAACAUCUUCUUCUUCUUCAUGGUGAAUUCAGCUGGAGAUGCUGAGAUUUGUGUGUUGCAGGUGAUGCUGAUAGGGAUGAUUGUCGGAAUUAAUUUGCCUGUGUUUGAAGGUAUGUUUGUGAGGAAGGACAAGGGUUGUAUUCCUGCUUCUGUCAUGUACAAGGCGAUCGCCAUUGUUGGAUUAGCUUAUCUCUCUGCGAUAAUGGUGAAUUAGUAAAUUAGCCCUAAAUUGGGGAUGAAAAUUCGAGUGGUUUUCUGCGGCAGCGGAGGAGACUGGAGAGCGUCGCCGUUUUUCCUCGCCUUGAAAUCUCUCUUCCGGCGGCUCUUUUACAUUGCG